UGUAUGACAGUUCACUCAAGAAGAAAAAUAUCUUCGGUGUCCUCAUCAAUGGAACAUUAAGCUGAACGAUGUCCAUUAAUACAUUAAUAUUUCGUGUUCUGCCACGGAAUCCAGUGCUCGGUAGCUGGAAACAUCUAGGUGGCAGCCAACUGGGAUGCUUAACAAAUGUGUUAAACUCCAAUUCCAAUGCAUACGCGACGAGUUUUACGGUGACAUCUAGACCAGCUCCAGCAGGAGAAAAGCAGCAAACAAAAACCGUCAGCAAGGUAAUGCAGGCAUAUUUGGAACGAGCCAAGGAACACGAUGAAUUCAUGAAAGUCAAAGACGAAGAGUUUCGCAUUGGAAAGCGGCAUUUGGCUAAUAUGAUGGGAGAAGAUCCGGAGACGUUUACUCAGCAAGACAUUGACAAUGCCAUCGCCUAUCUAUUUCCUUCAGGUUUAUAUGAUAGUCGAGCGAGACCGUUUAUGAAACCCCCAGAGGAAGUAUUUCCGCAGCGUAAAGCAGCUGAAUUUGACGAAUCGGGUCGACCACAUCACAGCAUGUUUUAUACAGGAAAACCGAAUUACUACCAACUUCUUUACGAAAUUGUUGAGCAUAUCAACCAGUCGAACAGUUUCGAAGAUCGUAUGAUCCGUCAGCAGAAAACUGUCGAUCCAGCACUUCAAUUAUCUAUGUCGGGCGCACAAUGGGUGUCUAAAGACGAUCUCGAAAAUAUAUUAGUCGAAACGAUUGGCGAUUUGGACUAUCAAAAUUUUAUCACUGCCAUGGAACGGCUGUGCUCGUUGCCAUACUCGUAUCGACUGAAGGAUUUCAUUAUGAAGUAUCGUAAACCUCUGCUAGCACGAACGAACGUUUAUGAAAUAGCGAAGCCUAAAUAUGAUACUGAUGGACGGAUGUACGUGACAACUUAUGAAUGUUUGCGAAAGAGCGCUCGGGGCGAUGUUACGGUCAGAUCACCAGGUAGUGGAAAGAUUUCCAUAAAUGGAAAGGACAUUUUAUACUUUCGAGACAUACAACCAAGAGAGCAGCUUCUAUUUCCACUACUCUUCGCAAGAAUGAACGAUAAAGUGGACGUGGAAGCCAACGUCGAGGGAGGCGGCCCGUCCGGACAAGCUGGUGCUGUUCGAUGGGGCAUAGCAAUGUGUUUGAGAAGUUUCGUCGAUGCUGAAACUGUUGAACGAAUGAGGCUAGCUGGAUUACUGCAACGAGACUACAGAAGGAGGGAACGAAAGAAGCCAGGACAAGCGAAAGCUCGAAAGAAGUUCACAUGGCAGAAGCGUUAAAUUGUAGAAAAGGAAUUAGAAUAAAGUCAAUGAAUCGAAA